CAGCCUCUCCACAGAUUACUUUGUUUCCGUACACUCGCCAAAUCCAACGGUCAAGAUUAGCCGCGCCGCCGAGAUGAUAAGCCACACCACGCCGCCGCCGCCGCCGCCGCCGCCGGAGACGGACGAGAUGCCGCCGGAGAUGGACGAGAUGCCGCUGAGCGACGACGUGCUCCGCGAGAUCCUCCUCCGCGUCCCGCCGCUGCCGACCCAGCUCAUCCGCGCCGGCGCAGUCUGCAGGCGGUGGCGCCGCAUCGCCGCCGAGCCGGGGUUCCUCCGCCGCUACCGCGCCCACCACGGCGAGCCGCCGCUGCUCGGCUUCUUCGUCAACCCGCGCGGCCGGGAGCCCCUCUUCCGCGCCACCCUCGACGCCCCCGACCGCGUCCCGCCCGAGCGCUUCUCCAUCCGCCUCCACGACGACACCGAGCUCGGCGGCAACUGGUACUACCACGGCUGCCGCCAUGGCCGCCUCCUCCUCCUCAACUGGAAGAGCGGCCUCGGCUGCCGCCAGAUCCUCAUCUGGGACCCCGUCUCCGGCGACCUCAUCCACCUCUCCCCCCCGCCGCAGCUCGAUGCCCUAAAGGGGGUCUUCUUCCAGGCCACGGUGAUCUGCGCCGCCACCACCGCCGCCGGUGACCACGUCCACGGCGACAACUGCAAGUCCAACCCCUUCAAGGUGGUCCUCGUCGGCACCGACAGGUCCACCGCCUUCGCCUUCGUCUACUCGUCGGAGACCGGAGAUUGGGGAGACCAUGCUGCCGAAACCCCAGUGGGGAAUUGCAUCUCGCUUGGGUGCAGAUGCAUCCAGAUUGGGGAUUUCCUCUACUGGAUGCUCUUCGGCUACGACAACAACAUCCUCGAGUUCAAUUUGGUGAACCACAGCCUCUCCGUGGUGUAUGUGCCGACGCAUAUCCAUGAAGAUCAUGAUGGCCUCUACCCGAUUACUCUCCAAGAGGGGACAGAGCUUGGGCUCAUUGUCAUGUCAAGAUCCUGCAUGCAGAUAUGGCAGUGGAUGAUCGAUUUCGACGGCCUCCCCGGGUGGCUGCCGCUCGAACCGAUCUACCUCGACAAUCUUCUUCAUCUGAGCGCGGGGGAGUGUGUCAAUCCGACCAAGGUGCUGGGGUUUUCGCAGGAUUACAAUGAGCUGUUCGUCGCGUCGUCCACCAGGAUCUUCAUGGUCAAUCUUGAGUCAUUGCGGUUCAAGGAGCUUUGCAAAAUGGACGAGUUCUUGGACUCCCCCGACUCCCGUCCUAUAUAUGCCGUGUAUCCGAUCGCAAGUUUCUAUGAUGCAGAUAGUUCAUCGUCUUCUGCAUAAGCCAGUGGUAGAACAAUCUACUUUAGCUCAUGUAUUCCAGAGUGUGUAACUUAUGUUGCUAUGGUAUCAAAGUUACGAUCUUUUGAGUGAGUAUUUUCUCAUCCUGAGAUACAAGCAUUUGUAAACUACCAACCGAAACCCAUAAAACAAUGUAAAUACUUAAAAUUGAUGAGUUUGGAUGCCUAAAUCUAAUUAUUUUCAUCCCAGUAGUAGCUGAUAAUUCAAAUCGACGCAUUUGGAAUUUAGGAUGCUUAAAUCUACUUCCUUUCAUCCAGUGACUGUUGUCUGAAGUAUCCCAGCCAAAAUCAAUUGUUCUUCUAUUGUUCAUUUCUUUUCUGAAUGAUUGCUUCUGUUAAUAAACUCACCACAAUGGUGAUGUUAAUGUAUUUACUGUCUGACAUAAUAAGCUGUAAAUUUGAGAUCUUUGCUGAUAAAAUUGUUUGAUUUUUCAAAUUUGUCUGCCACCGGUUGCUAAGAUGAAACUGCUUCCAAAAUACUCCUGCUAUGGCAUAUGACGCUGGUUCAUGUGUAUCAAAGUUUAGACAUUCUAAAGAGUAGACUUGUAGGACUUAACAAUAUGUUUUGGCUGCUUUGCUCAUUGAUUCCUGUUGAGAGUGUCGUUCAUGUAAUGCCAGUAGGGAUUGUUAGAGUGGCUGAUUCCAUUAAUUAAUACAAUAGCAUCUGCUUUUUAAUUACGGCUGGUUAGUAUCGUUAAUUUUUGUUCUGUUGAUCCUACUUGCUUGCUUAUUGCUCCUAUCCACAAGCUCUAAAGUCGACGUUUACGAUGGUAUAUCUCCAUCAUGGCAAAUACUCAAUACUGGGGAUAGCACACUUUUUCUUUAAUUAGCCCUUGUUCGUAUACUCUUAUGAAGCGACUUGUUUAAGAUGGAGCCUUUUUGCUGUUUUCUUCAGAGGCCUUUUUCUUCAGUGGGAGUGCCGUUUCAUAAAGGGUAACGUGUGUGUUGAUAUGAAGUGAACGUGUUCUUUUCUGGACAGUGACAGUGGUUGUUUAGAUCCCGAUGCAUUAAUCUGAAGUGUCAAUCUGUGCAAUUCUAUAAUUCAAAAAUGAGUAAAUCGCAUCAACAGUCCGUAAGUAGGUUUGAGCUUGUAAAUAGUAAAUUGUUCAUCGAGAUCUCUAAACUUAGUUUAUUAUAUCAUCCCGAUCCAAAGACUUAUUUGAUCACGAUCGUCUAGUACGUGCCAGCGAUAGAGAAAGGGGGGGGGGAGCUUUAUAAUGAAUAUAUUUUCUCAUCCUGAGAUACAGAAGUUUGUAAAGUAGCAAGGAACCCAUGAAACAUUGUAAAGGCAAGUUAGUAACUCAUAAGCUGACUAUGUUUGGAUGGCUAAAUCUAAUAACUUCGGCUACAUCGACCAUGGGUAUUCUAUGCAUGGCUUCAUCGAGACCACGGCUCCCUCGCGUCCUUUGAUUUGGCUACAUCGAUUACGGCAUAAAAGGGCUAUCAUCCAUGUUGAGCACUUUUGCUAGUUUUUCUUUAGUCUAAGCCUCCGCGCUGUUUACGCUUGGACUGCAGGGGAAGUUAGAGUAUAUGUUAGGAUAUGGUUGAUUUGUGUGGACUUCUUUCAUAUCUGUAAUCUUUUCUUAUCUCUACCCCAUGUAUCUCCUAUAUAUACUGGCCCCCGAGUUUCAAUACAAUGUGCAUUUCUCUAUCUCUACUAUUUAACACCAUGCCAAGUCGGUAACUCAAAAUUGAUGCGUUUGGAUGCUUAAUUCUAAUUCCUUCAUCCAAUAACAGUUCCUAACUCAAAAUCGAUGCAUUUGGAUGCUUAAAUCUGCUUCCUUUCAUCCAUUUAUUGUUGUCUGAAGUGUCCCAUUAGGAAUUAACUGUUCUUACUUCCUCCGUCCCAUAAUAUUUGUCGUUUAGGUUGUUUAGCAUGUACUAAUAUUAGGAGAAAAAUACUAUAAUAUCAUCAGGAAUUAACUGUUCUUACUUCCUCCGUCCUAUAAUAUUUGUCAUUUUAGGUUGUUUAGCAUGUACUAAUGUUAGGAGAAAAAUACUAUAAUAUCAUUAGGAAUUAACUGUUCUUACUUCCUCCGUCCCAUAAUAUUUGUCGUUCUAGGUUGUUUAGCAUGUACUAAUGUUAGGAGAAAAAUACUAUAAUAUCCUUUAAUAAAUAAUGUAUAGUUGGAUGUAGGAGGGUGGUUGGUUGUAGAAUGGGAAGAAAUUUGAAUUGAAAGUGGUUGAUGUAACAAGUAGUACUCCAAAGUGACAACUAUUUUGGGACAAUAUUUAAAUGCUAGAAAGAUAAGUAUUGUGGGACAGAGGAAGUAUAUUAUUGUUCACUUCUUUUCAAAUGACUGCUUUGCUACAUGAGUUCUUGUUAUAAACUGAAAGGAUACAACACUGAGAAUUUUCGUUAUAAACUCAACACAAGUGUGAUGCUAAUGUAACUUUUGCUGCUGCCUGCUGAGCGGCGAUAUGCUGGUUCAUGUGGAUCAAAAUAUAGACAUUCUACGGAGUGGACUUGUAGGAAUUAACUAAGAUUGUUUUGGCUAUUUUUCUCAUUCUUGUUGAGAGUCAGCGGUUUAUGCAGUGCCCAUAGGGAUUAUUAGACAGUGAUGACUUGGUCCACUUUUUUCUCCUGGGUUAGUAUCGUGUUAAAGUUUUUUUUAUAUAUAUUUUUGCUUUUGUUAUCUUCCGAGAACAUUUGAGUGCUUGAGGCAGUGUCACUUGUCAAUUACUGCUCCGGUGACUGUUAAUUUGGAUUUUCUAUGCGUGGUGCCUUGCAUUGCAUGUCACUAGCUAGAAAAGUAGUACAAGGUCCAUCAAAUAUCUGGAUAAAUUCACCUCCCUUGUGUGGAAUAGUAAUGCUCGGUUGACUACGCCAGUCGCCUCCCCCCUCCCUCCGCCGGUGCCAGUGUCCGUCUCCUCCUACGCCAUCGACGCCGCCUCCACACCAGCCGGCCACUGGCCAUCAUCAAUUUAUUUGAAGCAAGAACGAUCAUAUUGUAUAAUUAUGGAUCUUUCAGAAAGCAAGCACAAAGAGUAUAUUGAAAGGGCACAAUGGAUAGAGGAGAACAUUUCUAAUAUAAAGCCUUUCACAGAAGAAGAUAUAAAAAGAAUUACCAGUGACUACAACACCAAUCUUGGAAAUGGUGGAUUCGGAAAAGUUUACAAGGGAGUUCUUGAUGAUAACCAUUUCGUUGCAGUGAAGAAGUAUAUUAAAAUGGAUUCUGAAGAAAUGUUUGCCCAAGAAGUACGUGUUCACAGUCAAAUCAACCAUAAAAAUGUAGUCAGGCUAAUUGGCUACUGCAUCGAGAAAAAUGCUCCAAUGAUGGUCAUGGAGUAUGUGCCUAAUAGGGACCUUGAUUACCAUCUUCAUGACAAGAAUAGCCUUGAUUCAUUGGACAUAAGAUUGGAUAUUGCUAUAGAGUGUGCAGAUGCUCUAGGGUAUUUACAUUCUAUGUGCAGCCCUGUUCUACAUGGUGAUGUAAAGCCUUCCAAUAUUCUGCUGGAUGACAAUUUUAAUGCAAAAAUAACAGAUUUUGGAAUAUCGAGACUUCUCUCGACAGACAAAACUCAUACUGUUAAGUGUAUAGGGAGUAUAGGUUACGUGGAUCCCCUGUAUUGUCGGGAGGGACGUCUCACCUCCAAAAGUGAUGUUUAUAGUUUUGGAAUAGUUCUUCAGGAGCUUAUCACCAAGAAAAAGGCGGCAAGUCUGGCUCAAGCUCUUGCUGAAGGAAAGGGGGUGACUGAAUUGCUUGAUCCCAAAAUUUGCAAUGAGAGCAACAUGAAGGUUUUAGUGGAGAUUGGAAAAUUACUACAGGAAUGCCUAACAGAGGACAUUCAUAGACGUCCGGAUAUGUGCGACCUGGCUGGGCACCUUCGGAUGCUUAGGAAAUUCUGUUUGAGACAACCUGCUCCACUAGAAAAUUUUGGUUGGCACCUCUUUCCUGAAACACAGAAUGAAGAUAAAGAACAAAGCCAGCAAGGUACAAACAAUGUCAGCUCCAGUUUGAUGGCGUUCCCUAAGAUGGCAGGCAUUUUCAACCGGAACAUGUACAAAUCUAGAAAGAAAGGAACCCCUCUGUAUAUUAGUGGAAAAAGAAUGUUCACAGCACGUGAAAUAAAAGUAAUAACAAAUAACAAUUCAACAAUUAUUGGUAGAGGUGCAUUUGGUAAUGUCUACCUAGGAAUUCUUGAGAAUUAUAGAAAGGUGGCAGUGAAGACAUACAUAAAAGGAACUGAACAUGAAGAGGAUCGAUGUGGUAAAGAGCUGAACCUUCCCGAACUGAUCCAUAAGAACAUUAUCCAACUGUUGGGUUUCUGCUGUAAGCUGGAUGCUGUAAUAUUGGUUUAUGAAUUUGCUAACAAAGGGAGCCUCUACGACAUACUCCAUGGUACUAGCAAUUUUCCUUUCCCACUAGAUUUACGUCUAGAUAUUGCUGUUGGGUCGGCAGAAGGACUGGCAUAUAUGCACAGUAGAUCCAAACCCAUACUACAUGGAGAUGUCAAAACAACCCAUAUACUUUUUGAUGACAACAUUGUGCCUAAAAUCUCAGGUUUUGGAUCAUCACAGAUAGGAGAAGAUAGCACAUGGGUUGUGGCAGCUGACAUCAAUUACAUAGACCGAAGGUACAUUCAAACCGGACUUUUCACACGGAAGAGUGAUAUCUAUAGUUUUGGAGUUGUUCUCUUGGAACUCAUCACCAGGAAACGAAUUUUAGAUAGUAAGAAAUGCAGUCUUGUUGUCGAGUAUGUCAAUUGUUAUGAGAAAGAAAACAGUGGGAGGAUUAUGUUUGACAAUGAGAUCACUGCUGAGGAAAACAUGGCCACCCUUGAAGCAAUUGGCAUUCUAGCAAUGAAGUGUUUAAGUGAUAAUAUAGAUGAACGACCAGAAAUGAGAGAAGUAGCCGAACAACUGGUGAUGCUUAAAAUGGCUUGGAAGCAGCUCAAAGGAAACAUAUAAGUUGUCACUUUCAAGACAGCCAUGGGAAACCACCAAAGCUUGACACAGAAGAUUUAUGAGGAAUGAAGUAAAUUAGCUCACAAGAUCUUUUCAGCACUACUUGUUCUACUAGUAUCGAUCAAUUAAGUUUCUCAUGUUUGGUGUAAUUGUUAUCUGAACUUCUGUUAGCAUUUGGAACACUAGUUAUAGCAGUCUGUAUGUUAUAAGCAGUAACAGUAAUUUGCUACCGCUAGUAUUCCUUUUGAUCCGUGAUUAACAAGUACUAUUAUCCGACAUGUCAAAGGGGAACAAUAGCAAGCAAAGUACACACAAAUUUAAUUUGAA